AUGUCGAGCGAUAUUUCUCGAUUUCCGUGCCACUUCUGCAAGGUCGGCUUCUAUGCUGACAAACUGAGGUCGACCAAGUGCAGCAAAUGUCUGAACGGAACGAUGACGAAAGGUGAGAGCUCGUCUAAGGCGUCCGACUGCAACGUUUGCGUCACGGGUUACUGUCUUUAUGGGAGAUGUUUCGUGGUGAGCAAUAGUUUAACACAGAUCCCCGUGUGCACGUGUACUAUCGGUUUCACUGGUUCUCACUGUCAAGACGCAACUUAUUAUCAUAUUGGAAUGGAAGUUAUUCUUGUUACAGGUAUUAUUACUUUACUUGUUACUGUAUUGUGGCGCAUUCUAAAGAAACGAAGAGAGCGAGAAACGGCUUUCCGUCGUCACAUACAAACAUUGAAUGAUGCGUGGCAGAUCAGUUGGCAAGAAAUAGAACUGCAAGACGAAAUAGGAGGAAGAGCAUCGGGAAGAGUGUGGAAAGCGGAGUACCGUAACAUAGACGUUGCUGUAAAAAUUUUGAUGGACGAUGACGAAUCCCAAUCGUCGUUGGAAUUUGCACGAGAAAUUAAAUUUAUGCAAACAAUGCGUCAUCCAAAUAUUGUACUUUUUAUCGGAGCAGGUAAAACAAGUCCACAAGAACAACCAUUUAUCGUUGUUGAGUUUGCGCAUCGAGGUUCAUUACGCCACGUACUGGAUGACUUCAGUAUUGAAAUAAAUCAAAACCGUAAAAUAGAGUUUGCUUUAGAUGCUGCUAGAGGAAUGGAAUUUCUUCACCAAUUGGACCCACCAAGAAUUCAUCGAGAUAUCAAGAGUGAGAACUUACUUGUUAGUCAAAGUUGGAUUGUCAAAGUCGCUGAUUUUGGUCUUGGAAGACUUUUUUGUGAUGCUAAGAAAAGACGACAAUCAAACCGAAACGAUUCAUCAGUCAGCAACAAUUCAGAAACUGAUCUUAUCAUGCUCGAGACGAGAGACUUGUCUGAAGAUGGUAUUGGAACAGUGAGAUGGAGUGCACCGGAGUUGACACGACGAGAGAGCUACAAUGAAUCCAUCGAUAUCUACAGCUUUGGAAUUGUGCUUUGGGAGAUUUGGUCGCGUGGUUUUCCUUUCGAGCAGUAUCGGUUUGCGCACGAAGUCGACGAUGCCGUGGAAAGAGGCGAGCGUCCGGUCAUUCCAGACGAUUGCCCUGAAGUGUAUGCGAAACUAAUGCAAGGUUGCUGGUCAGAGAGAGCUCGUGAACGGCCGUCAUUUAGCGACGUUGUCAGCCGUCUUGAGAACAUGUAUGUGUAA